GUGCGCGAGUGGGUUUUGUUCCUUCUGGUUGACCCUCUCCCCUUAUCAAAUUCUUCCUCUCUCUCUCUCUCUCUAGAGAUCCAACUUCCUCGUUUCAUGACCAGUCUUUGUCCUAGCUUGUCAUUCUUUCUUUUUUCUAAUCAACCCAUUAUUUCCUUUUUUUGAAUUAUUUAAUCACUGGUUUGGAUACGCCAACACUUCAACCUGGAAUAUCAACCAUUGCUGAGGUCACCAGAAAGGGCCAUUUUUUCAGAGAGUAGUGAUUGACAAAUUAGGUUUUGAUACAGAUUGUUUCUGGUCAAUGGAACAGUCCUCAUUGGAACCAGAAUUUCAGAUCAAAGAGGAUCAUUCAUCAAAGCAUGCCUUGAAAAAUGACAGCAAUAUUGAGUACUCAGGCAGUCCUCAAAAUCAAAAGAUAUCAGCCAGAUGGAACCCAACUGAAGCAUGUAGGCCACUCAUUGAAGAAGCUCCUGUUUUCUAUCCAACUGUUGAGGAGUUUCAAGAUACACUAAAUUAUAUAGCAAGCAUUCGCCCAAAAGCAGAGCCAUAUGGUAUAUGUAGGAUUGUGCCACCACCUUCCUGGGUUCCACCCUGCCCUCUCAGGGAGGAGAGCAUUUGGAAACAUUUAAAGUUUCCUACAAGAAUGCAGCAAGUGGACUUACUUCAAAAUAGGGAACCCAUGAGAAAGAAAAACAGAGGCCGGAAGCGAAAACGAAGAAGGUAUUCAAGGAUGGGAACAACAAGGAGGCAUUCCAGAUCUGAAGUUUCUGAAGCAAACAUUGUCUCUGACAGCGAUGAGAAGUUUGGGUUCCAUUCAGGAUCAGACUUCACAUUAGAAGAGUUUCAGAAACACGCUGAUAGUUUCAAAGAGUUUUAUUUUGGAAUAAAGGAUGCUAAGGAUAACUUGAAUUCUGAUGGUGUGGAAUGCAACAAAAGGUGGGAACCUUCUGUAGAAGAUAUUGAGGGAGAAUACUGGCGGAUAGUGGAGCAACCAACAGAUGAGGUUGAGGUAUACUAUGGAGCUGAUCUUGAAACUGAAGCAUUUGUGAGUGGUUUUCCUAAGGCAUCAUCCUUGAUUUCUGAAAAUGAUUCAGAUCAGUAUGUGGCUUCAGGAUGGAAUUUAAAUAACUUCCCCCGACUGCCUGGUUCUGUACUUUGUUUUGAACAAAAUGAUAUCUCAGGAGUUCUGGUCCCAUGGCUCUAUGUCGGGAUGUGCUUCUCAUCAUUUUGUUGGCAUGUUGAGGACCACCACCUAUACUCACUAAAUUAUCUACACUGGGGUGAUUCAAAAGUAUGGUAUGGAGUACCAGGAAGUCAUGCUUCAGCAUUGGAGAAUGCAAUGAGAAAACAUCUACCUGAUUUGUUUGAAGAACAACCAUAUUUACUGAAUGAACUGGUUACUCAGUUAUCUCCUUCAGUUCUAAAAUCUGAAAAUGUACCAGUAUAUCGAGCUAUUCAGAAUUCUGGGGAGUUUAUUCUUACCUUUCCAAGAGCAUACCAUUCAGGGUUUAAUUGUGGCUUCAAUUGUGCUGAAGCUGUGAAUGUGGCCCCUGUUGAUUGGCUGUCACAUGGGCAAAGCGCAGUGGAGCUCUACAGUGAGCAGUGUCGCAAGACAUCAAUUUCCCAUGACAAACUGCUGUUAGCAUCAGCUCAAAAAGCUGUCCAGGCACUUAGGGAUCUGUCAGUUCUUGGAAAGGAAGAUCAAGUAAAUUUAAGCUGGAAAAGUGUCUGUGGGAAGGAUGGGACACUUACGAAGGCAGUUAAAACGAGAGUACAGAUGGAAGAGGAAAGACUAGAUCGUCUUCCAAUUGGUUGGCGGCUUCAGAAGAUGGAAAGAGACUUUGAUUUGAAAAAUGAGAGAGAAUGUUUUUCAUGCUUCUAUGACCUACACUUAUCUGCUGCAAGUUGUGAGUGCUCUCCUGACCAAUUUGCAUGCCUUAAACAUGCUAGCCUUAUUUGUUCAUGUGAACCAAAUCGUAAGUUUGUCCUUCUGCGUUACACCAUGGAUGAUUUGAAGACCCUGGUUGAAUCAUUGGAAGGGGGAUUAGAUGCUAUUGAAGUAUGGGCAUCAGAAGACCUUGGAUUGGUUUCUGCUGAUAAGAAUGCUUGUGGCGCUAUGCUGGAUCAGGAGAGAGAGAUAUCUGGACCCAUUGGUUGUGACCAAAAGGAAAGUCCACCUUGUUCCUCUAGAACACAAGAAAACUUAGACAUAAAUGAGCCUUGCAGUUCAAGUUAUCAUGUUUCUUCCGAAGUAGUUCAGUCAGAAAACCAGCAAGGAACAUUUGGUUUUUGUGUAUCCCAUAUCAGGACAGACAGGCAUAAUGACAACUUAAACAAAGAAGGUCUAACUAAGGGCUAUGAAAGUAAGGUGGGGCAGGGGUUCUGUAUUGAUUUGAAUCUUGAUACCAUGUCUGAUGAACAUGUAAGUGGGUUGCAGCAAGUAUCUUAUAGCUGUGAUAGUAAAGCAACUGGAAAUGUGGCUGAGACUUUUUUGUCAGUCUGCAAGGAAGAAAAGGUUAAUUGUCCGGAUGUUCCAAAGCAACCAGAUAUAGUACGACUUGGUGGUGAUUGUGAUUCAUCAGUUUCAUAUGUUCUUCCAAACAAACAUCACUUUCCCUAUCCAGUAGAUAAUGGAAAUCCUUGUGUAUCUGAUGGUAGUAAGUUGUUUGGGGCUGAUAUAUUGGUUUCACUUCCACAUUCAAGUACUCUGCCAAGCAGCUUGCCAAAAACUGAAAUUUUAGGCAGCUCAGAUGUGAAGGCAUGUGCGACUGAUCAAACCUGUCUCAUACCAAAGAUGAAUUUUUGUGUUGAGCCUAUGCAUUUUGGUACUGUAUUGUUUGGAAAGCCAUGGUGCAGUAAGCAGGCCAUAUUCCCUAAAGGAUUUACAAGCCGUGUUAAAUUCUUUAGUGUAUGUGAUCCAACACAAAUGUGUUACUAUAUUUCAGAGGUGCUGGAUGCAGGGCUCCUUGGGCCUCUAUUUAAGGUUACUUCAGAGGGGUGCCCAAGUGAGACCUUUGCAAAUGUCUCGCCAGAAAAAUGCUGGGAAAUGGUGCUGCAGAAACUGAAGCAAGAGAUCAUAAGACACAGCAGUUUAGGGAAACAACUGCUGCCCUCUUUGGAAUGUUUGCAGGGUGUUAAUGGCCUUGAGAUGUUUGGGUUUUUAUCACCACCCAUCAUUCAGGUUAUUGAGGCUCUUGAUCCAAAUCAUCAAUGCUUAGAAUACUGGAAUCAGAAGAGUAGAGUAAAAAUGGAAAAUGUGAAUGACAUGUCUGCAAGUAAUUCGAGGAAGUACCCUUUUGGAUUGAGUUGCUCUCCAGGGGAAACAAAGGCGAAACUCUUUGGUUUCGAUUUGACAAAGCAAGACCCUGAUAAUUCAAGCAUUGGAAGAGGUGAUCACUCAGUUGGGGAAGACAUAAAGACCACAUUACAAGGAUUUUUCAAGAAGGCAAAUAGGGAAGAACUGAUAAUGAUGUAUAAGGUAUUCUGCAGCGAGUACACAAGUGCAGAAUGGGGAGUGGCAUUCACAACGCUGACCGAGGAGAUCCGGAAAACAUGUAAAUAAACAAGGAAAAGGAAAAGGAAAAGAUGCCGUCAUUCUUUCUCAUUUGAGGUAGCUUCUUAUUUCAUUUACUCAAUUGAUUAGGCAUAUUCUUUCAAGAGUUUGAUAAAAGAAAGGAGGAAGAACCCGGGCAUGACUGUUGGACAAGAUUAGCAGCGUGCCUGCCCAGCGUGAUCUAGAGAUGAUAGGAGUCUUGAUUCCAUGAUGCCAUUAACCCUUUGUAGAAGAGAUAAGGCCUUCUUGUACAUUAGAAACCAUUCUGCUAACUUUUUCUCAGAAAUACAUGUCCUUUUUUAGUCUGGCAAUCACUGAUCUUUUUAACUCUUGUAUCUCCAUAGCCCAUGCUGCUUGUGAAUAGAAUAAGUCGUUUACCUUCUCAAUGCCCAUCUAUGUAUCUAUAAAAGGCAGUUGCAAGAAUGUUAAAAAGUAGGAAUACAACAAAGAGGGAGCUAAGCAUGAUUCAUUGAUAAAUGGCUCCAUAUUUGUAUGCAAUUCUAUUAGGUAAUCAUAAUUUUUUUCCUCA